UGUGGUUUUUGUAGUCUGCUUUUGGGGUUUGAGAGGGCCACAGAACGGGUUGCAACUAAGCCUCUCCAGAGGUGGCCCUAUCGCAAAGGACAGCGCCAUCCACCACAAUCCCCAGAGCAGGGAUAGCUUUAUUGGGCGGCCCAAGAGUGGCUCGUGGGUGGUGAUGCUGCAGUGUGAGGUUACUAUGGAAAAGACUAUGGAGUCUGGGAGUAUGGAAACAAUAGCUGCUACCCCUCCAGGUGGGGGAUCAAAUGGCUUAGAAGAGCCUAAGAAGAUGACAAGGGAGGACUGGAGAAAGAAGAAGGAAUUGGAAGAACAGCGUAAACUGGGCAAUGCGCCAGCCGAAGUGGACGAAGAGGGAAAGGACAUCAACCCUCAUAUUCCUCAGUACAUUUCUUCAGUGCCCUGGUAUAUUGAUCCUUCAAAAAGACCUACACUAAAGCAUCAGCGACCUCAGCCAGAGAAGCAACGUGAAUUUACAUCACUGGGGGAAUGGUAUAAGCGAGGAGUCAAAGAAAAUGCUUUUGCAACUAAAUACCGUAAAGGAGCCUGUGAGAACUGUGGUGCAUUAACACACAAGAAAAAGGAUUGUCUAGAGAGACCCAGAAGAGUUGGAGCAAAAUACACAGGAACUAACAUUGCCCCGGAUGAGCACAUGCAGCCUCAACUGAUGUUUGAUUAUGAUGGAAAGCGAGACCGUUGGAAUGGCUACAAUCCAGAAGAGCACAUGAAAAUUGUAGAAGAAUAUGCCAAAGUUGAUCUAGCUAAACGUACUUUGAAAGCACAGAAGCUACAGGAGGAGCUUGCUUCAGGGAAACUGACAGAACAGGUGAACUCCCCACGACAUCGAUGGGAUGAAGAAGAACCAAAUUCACAAACAGAAAGAGAUCAUAAUAGUGAAGGAGAAGACGAAGACAAAUAUGCAGAUGAUAUUGAUAUGCCUGGACAAAAUUUUGAUUCCAAAAGGCGAAUUACAGUCCGAAACCUGCGUAUUCGAGAAGAUACUGCUAAAUACUUGCGGAAUCUAGACCCCAACUCUGCAUACUAUGACCCCAAAACCAGAGCAAUGAGAGAGAAUCCAUAUGCCAACGCAGGAAAGAAUCCAGAUGAAGUUAGUUACGCAGGAGAUAACUUUGUUCGUUACACUGGAGCUACCAUAUCAAUGGCACAGACUCAGCUGUUUGCCUGGGAGGCUUAUGAAAAAGGCUCUGAAGUUCACCUUCAGGCAGACCCUACAAAGCUUGAACUCUUGUAUAAAUCCUUCAAAGUGAAAAAAGAAGACUUUAAAGAACAACAGAAAGAAAGCAUCUUAGAGAAGUAUGGUGGACAAGAACAUCUGGAUGCCCCACCACCUGAAUUACUGCUUGCUCAGACAGAAGAUUAUGUGGAAUAUUCUAGACAUGGAACAGUUAUUAAAGGCCAGGAGAAAGCUGUUGCUCGUUCUAAAUACGAGGAAGAUAUAAUGAUCAACAAUCACACGUGUAUUUGGGGUUCCUAUUGGAAAGAAGGCAAAUGGGGGUACAAAUGCUGCUACUCAUUUGUCAAGUAUUCAUACUGCACAGGAGAAGCUGGAAAAGAACUCACUAAUGCUGAUGGAGAAUUGCCAAGUGACCUGCAUGAGGAGGAGUAUAUGUCCAAACCCAAAACUCUUGUAGAGAUACACCAAGAAAAACAAAAAGAGGAAAAGAAGAAGAAAAAGAAAAAGCAUAAGAAGAGCACAAGUUCUGAUAGUGAAGGAGAAGAGAGAAAGAAACAGGAAAAAUUGAAAAAGGCAUUAAAUGCAGAAGAAGCUCGUCUCCUUCACGUGAAAGAAAUCAUGCAGUUAGAUGAGAGAAAAAGGCCAUACAACAGCAUGUAUGAAAGCCGUGAGCCAACAGAGGAGGAAAUGGAGGCUUACCGAAUGAAGCGGCAGCGACCAGAUGAUCCUAUGGCUUCGUUCCUGGGACAGUAAAUUUGGAGAAAGAAAUUGGAAGUCGAUAGGAUUCCGGUGAUGAUAUACUUCAUGACCCAAUGGACAAACCUCUGCCAGUUUCUUUAACAUGUGACUGAGAGAGAAAAAUAUGUGGUUGGGCCUGGAAACAUCUGCACAGUGUACUGCAUUCUCCUUUGUAAAUAUUUGAAUCUUUUGACAUUCAGUCAAAUUGAGUAUGGCACACCUGCUCUUCAAAACCAGUCUAAGAAUUAUUAAAAGCUACUAUCAAUCUAAGGUGUUAUAUGUUAAAAAAGAGAGCAAAGUAGAAAGAAAUGUGUAACUUCUGCUUGGUAAAUGUCUACAUGUGUAACCCACUCCUGGGUAGAGAUUAUAUUGAGUUAAUGCAAAAUGUGUAAAGCCUCUGAAUAAUGAAAACAUUGUUUUUAAUCAGGAA